CGUGACCAGGGGUAAUUAAACGGAGUAAAGUUGGACUUUGUCAAUUUAUCAGCCGCUCACUUGGUGCAUCUUUGUUAUAAGAUUAGUCGCCUAUUUUAUCUGUAGAUAUAACAGUUAUCUUUUGUUCACAAUAAAACCGCGCGUACCUCCAGCGAAUUUCAAUUUCAUUGUGCCGCGAGAGUUCCGGAUCGCCAAGCGUCUUCUACUUGAGGUAUAGUAAUAAUUAUUUUACCAAAAUGCCUAGAAAAGUUUAUGUUGUUGGCGUCGGAAUGACGAACUUCAUCAAGCCGUCGACUGGAGGCGACUAUCCCGAUUUCGGCAAGGAGGCUGUGCUGGCCGCACUGGCCGACGCGCGGAUCAAAUACGCACGACGUACAAGCAAAGCCAUCUCGCGGCUAUGUGUUCGGGGACUCUACCUGCGGCCAGCGCGUGCUGUACCAGGUGGGCAUGACCGGCAUCCCCAUCUACAACGUGAACAACAACUGCUCCACCGGCUCCAACGCCCUGUUCCUCGGCAAACAACUUAUCGAGGGCGGCAUUUGUGACGUCGCGCUGGCUGUAGGUUUUGAGAAAAUGGCGCCCGGAGCGCUCAGCGCCGGACACUUCGACGAUAGAACUAACCCCCUAGACAGACACACUCUCAAAAUGGGAGACAUCACUGAAUUAACCGGAGCCCGAUCACUGCCCCCAAUCACUCUUGGUAACGCGGCUAUUGAACACAUGAAGAAAUACGGCACGACAGAGGUGCACCUUGCCAAGAUCGCUGCUAAAAAUCACCGUCACGGCUGCAAGAACCCUCGCGCUCAAAGCAAGAGGGAGUACACAGUUGAGGAGAUCUUAAACUCCAGAAAGAUUUACGGUCCUCUCACUAAGCUUGAGUGCUGCCCAACUAGUGACGGAGCUGGUGCCGCAGUACUCAUGUCAGAGGAGGCUGUCAAACGCUAUGGACUACAAGACAAAGCUGUAGAGAUCAUUGGUAUGGAGAUGGCGACAGACACACCAGCUGUUUUCCAAGAAAACAGUCUCAUGAAGGUUGCGGGUUAUGAUAUGACGGCUCUUGCUGCUAAACGGAUUUACCAAAAGACUGGUGUCAACCCUAUGCAAGUAGAUGUGGUAGAGCUCCAUGAUUGCUUUGCUGCGAAUGAGAUGAUUACUUAUGAAGGCCUCCAACUCUGUGGUGAGGGACAGGCCGGCAAGUUCAUUGAUGCAGGAGACAAUACGUACGGAGGCAGGGUUGUGGUUAAUCCAGUGGUGGUCUGAUUGCGAAGGGGCACC